GCGUUCAGUAGCUGGUGGCUGUGCUGUCUGCCAGACUCUGGCCCGCCGCCGCGCCGACACCUCGCAUGAACGUCACAAACCAUUGCAUUUCUCUUUCUCGUCGCUAUUUCCGAGUCCGGAGAAAGCGUAUCAGGACAUAACGGCAGUAUGCGACUCGGACUGCCGCGAAGGGGUCGCGCGAUCGACUCGGAAAUGGCUGGGCGCUUCCCGGAAGUUUGUUGCGAGAUUGACUAUGUGGAAGCCGGGGCCGACUGUUGAUCCCUGGUUGAUCCACUCGUCUUCCGCCUCCGCAUGGCUCGCGCAUCCGAGGCUUCUGAGCGCUGCACCAAAAUUAAAACGACGAAGGGCUUACACACACCUCAUCAUGCUUAUGACCGUCACCAGCCUCUAGCUCCUCCAGCUUUCGUCUGCGCUGCCUCGACUGCUGCUCCCCCUUUGCACGACGUCGCCAAUGCCAUGUCCAGCGCCGACCUGAAUCUCAAUGCCACCCUUGGGUGUACAUUCAUCGGAAUCGUCUUCGAAGUCGUGCUGUAUGGCUUUUCGUGCGCGCAGACACAGUACUACUUCCAUGAGUACUGGACGGACAAAACACAGCUCAGAGCUCUGGUAGCCUUUCUUUGGGUCCUCGACACUGUACGAACAAUCUUAGACAUACAGUACAUGUGGCUCUAUAUUGUCACGAAUCACGCGAAUCGAUCGGCUUUGCAAACUAUACCAACCACGUUCACAGUCGAGUUCUUGCUCUCUUCCGUCACAGUGCUGGUUGUGCAGACCUACUUCAUCCGUGCCAUCUACCGCUUCCUCAUAGGAAAGUGGUACUUCAUACCGCUCAUAGGCCCUCUGACUGUCAUCGCUCUUCUGUCGUUUGCUGGCGGUUGCGCCUCCGUUGCCGAAUUCGCCCGCGACCCCGGGUUCAACGCGAUCCUCUUCAACUCACGCAUCCCGGCGUCGAUCCAGACCGUGGCCGCGUUCGUUGCAGACGUAUACAUCGCUAUCGCGCUCUCGGUCAUCUUGUACGGGAAGAAGACCGGGUUCAAAAACACGGACACGUUGGUUAGCCGGUUGGUCACGUAUGCGAUACACAGGGGGCUCUUCACUGCCCUCCUGCAACUGCUGCACUUCGCUACGUACAUCGCCACGCUCCAGUACGGCGCAAGUGAGCUCAUCUGGUCGCUUUUCCACUUCCCUGCGAGCAAGGUCUACGUCAACUCACUUCUGGCUCUGUACGUGCCCUCAUCCUUUCCUGUCCAUCUCACGCGCUGAAUGUACCGUACGAUGGUAGGUUGAACGUGCGCCACUGGCUCC